AUGGCUGCCCAGCUCAUCGGCAUCGCCGUCUUCGUCACCCUCAAGGACGCCCAGCACACGGUCGUCCAAGGACGCGUCGCCAAUGUCGUCGAGCAGACUGCCACCCUCGUGCUGCAGGAUGUCUUCUUCCCGGCCACCGGCCACCGCCUGCCCGGCUACACCAUCGACGGCGCUCACAUCGCCGACAUCUCAGUCCAGCCGCUGCAAUCCGCCGUCUCCACGCCCACCUACCCUCCGAGCCACCCGCCCGCCUUCCCGCCUCACCCGCAGCACAUAGUCCCCACCCCUGUCCAAUAUGGAGCUCCCCCUCCUCCCGCCGCCCCACCUGUCGAAGCCCCCGCCGUGGCUCAAGCCCACCCCGCGCCCGCUGCGGAGCCCCCAAAGCCGAAGCCGAAGCAAACCUUCGUGGACCCCGCCAUCCUGAGCUUUGGGAAGCGGCCUACCGCCGCCAGCCAGGCUGCUGAGGCGCCCACCACACCCAUGAAACCCGCGCCCGCGGCGGCUGUGAAGAAGGCGUCUGUCGCCGGCAAGAACGCGCGGCCCAAGGAGGAUCCGGCCACAUUAACGAGGCCGUUCAACGCGCUGGGUCUGGAGGCCGGCGAGGAUGGGGAGGAGUCAGACGAUCCGACCGUCAACGAGGAGCGCAUCCGGAGGGCGAGCAUCAGCAAGACGCGCACGGGCAAGCCGCUGGAGACACCGGCCAAGGCUGCCGCCGCCGCCGAGGCUGCUGGAAAGAGGGCGAAGAAGGGCGGCACUAGGAGCAAGAAGCAGCAGAAGAAGGAGCAAUUUCUUCCGGCCGCUGGAGAGGAGAACGCGCUGGAUUCGUCACCCGAGGGCGCGCGCAAGACGCCGGCGAACUACAAGGGCAAGGGAUGGAGGCAGACGCCUAUCUUGCAAGACCCGCCGGCCACGCGGACGCCCGGCUUGAUUGGCGGCAAGGUCGGCAUGGAGGCAGUCAGGGUAUCCAACCGCAAAACAAGGAGGCAGAAGGCUAUGGAGGCUACGAAUGGGUGGGCAACUGAGGAUGCAACCGAUGUCCAGGAGCUUCCCGAUUUCGACUUCGCUGAGAACCUGUCAAAGUUCGACAAGCGUACCGUUUUCGAGCAGAUCCGCAACGAGGACACGACAGCCGACGAGGACCGCCUGGUCAGCUUCAACCGCCUACCUCCCCGCGCUGGCACAGCCGGCGGCAAGAAUCUUCAUCCGACUGAGAACGUCCUUGAGCAGAGGAGAUCACAUCUACGGAGCAACUCGAAUUCCUCGAGCGAAGAUGACUUCUCCGACUUCGACAGCGGACGGAACUCCCGGCGAAACAUGUCUCGGGCGUCUAACAGACGUGCCCCCUUCCGGUCAAACAGCGUUCUGCAGGAUGACAUCCACAAUACGUCAGCGGCCAGUCUGAACAAGUCGGUGCGCAAUCAGCAGCAUCGUGGCUCAACCGUUGUGUAUUCCUCGACAAACUCUCCCGUUCCAGGACGUCCUACCCCGCCCUCGUCUCCCUCAGUGAAUCCCCUCCAACAGCCACAUGCCAGCUUCCGCGUAGCCCACACCGGUACGACGUGCCACACCAUCACGCCCGGGACAAUGACGGCAGUGGAGGAGCUCGCAGAAGUGGAGUUUGGCUUGACGGAAGAGAUCAUGGCCGAGAACGCCGCCCGCGGCAUCGCCCAAGUCGCCCUGCAAGCCGUCAACCCGGGCGGCCGUCGUCUCGCGCGCGAAAACCUCGCCGUGAACGCUCGCCCAGUGGUCGUGGUCCUCGCGGGCAACCACCGCACAGGCGCGCGCGCCAUCGCGGCGGCCCGGCACCUGCACGCGCGCGGCCCGCGGGUCGUGGUGGCACUGCUGGGCUACGAGCGGCCGGCCGACUACGACAAGGACGUGCGGCGGCAGCUGGAGCUGUUGGUGCGGCUGGGCGGGUACGCGCGCAGCUGGACGGACGUGCAGCGCGGGCUGAAGCGGCUGGAAGCGCCGCCGGAGCUGAUCGUCGACGCGCUGCUGGGCCGCAACCGCGAGUUCGACGCGCUGGGGGCCGGGGACCGCGCCACGGCCAUGGCCGUCGUCGGCUGGGCCAACAAAAGCCGCGCGCAGGUACUGGCGGUCGAGGGGCCGUCGGGCGUGGGCGCGUCGACGGGCGAGGUCAGCAUCAUCGAGGGCGAGCCGCUCGAGGUGCGCGCCAAGUACGUCGUCUGCCUCGGCGCGCCGCGGUCCGGCCUGCUCAGGGCGCUGCAGUUGGGCCACGUGCACGAUCCGGACUGGUUGAUCUGGGUUGUGGAUUUGGGGUUGAAUAAGGCAUGGAAGAGGGUUGGGGGUCUGGGCCGGAAGGGCGUGAGGUUCGGGAGUGAGUGGGCGGUGCAGGUUCGGUUCGAUGCUGGGGAGGGAGAGACGGAGGGGUUGGAGGGGAGAUGA